CAGACUACAAGGGCGAUUCGAACUUCAAUGCCCUGUUCACACCACUCACCUUUCUGGUGACGUACUUCAACUCGGGCGUCAACCCGCUGCUGUACGCCUUCCUCAGCCGGAACUUCCGCAAGGGAAUGCGUGAACUGUUGCUCUGUUCGUUCAAGAAAAACAAGAACAAAUCCCUGAACCAACGCAUCCCGCUCCAUAACCAUUCCUUACCGACCGAUUCAACCCAUGUAGGAUUUCCCCAAUGAUGCUACGACCUGAUCGUGUGCCGCCGGUGCUGCUCCGGCCUUUGGAACCCCUUGGUUUGGUGGAACAACCAAAAGCAGCAGCGGUCCCAACGUCACCGCACCCUCGAUCAUGACCACGACCACCAGCACCAACCCACAAAGCAUCAUCAACAUCAACAACAGCAACAACAGCAACAGCAACAGCAACACCCAAUCGAACUGUUCGAAUCCAUUAACAACGGCCGGGCCGCCGACGAGCUCAUCCAAGAUGACGAAGAUGAUGAUGAUGGCCGGCAGUCGGUUUCGAGUGCCACGCCGGAACAUCAACACACUGGUCGCGGACGUCAACGUGGACGACGACGAGGAGGACACGACCACGACCUGUAACGACAAUGAGUUCGUUUCGACCGGGACCGUCACCUUUGCCCUGUCGUCGGUUUACUACGUCGAGUGCGAGGAGGGUACGUAAUUUAAGGUAAAGGUUCGUCGGGGCAAAGUGUGAAGUGUACAUAGCAGAAGAUUGUUUGUAGUUCUAAUCAAAUUGAACUUUCUCUCACCAUUCAGUAGAAUUAGAAUUCGGGACGGGGAAGAAUAAGAGAUUUAUGAACUGUUGAGAUUGUAGCCAGAGAUUAGCCAGUAUUUUAGUGAAAAUGCGACAUCGGACGGUAGGAAGAUAUUUCCGUAAAACAUUGAUCAGCAACCGUCUAGACGAAAACAGCUCAGCUGUUUGGAACUUUUGGGCAUUCAUUCCCGUUUGAUUUCACUUGAUUGGUCCAAAUUCACGCGUCACCGAACGACGCUAUGCGGGAAUUAUUUCCAUCGAUUGCGUUACGCACAAAGAAAAGUUCCGUCAUUAAUUACCGGCAUGAAUGAGUUUCUUGUGUUGCUGCGCCAUCCAGACAGUUUGCCUCAUCAAAUUUCCAAUCAUCCAUGCAUUGAAUCAGAAAGUUUGGCUAACCACCAAGACGUACCUAGCAUCAUAUUCCUCCCCGCCUCGGAGAAAGAAAAUAUUGAUUCUUGUGUUCAACCUUAAUUACACAGCUCUGAAGGCAAAUAGCACAACAACUGUCCGAGAAAUCUUUGCCCAUCAAUUGGCAAAUCAAAGUUGGCUCCCGUGGUGAAUAGAAGAACUAUGAAAUUGAUGAUGAUUUCAUAAUUUUGAUGUGAUUUGUGAUAGCGUGUUAGUGAAAAUCUGAGGAAAUUACAAAACAAAUCACUGUCAAACUCAUUUGGACAGAUCUAAUAUCAUAAUUUUGUUAGCUUAGUCAGAUGAAAGCAAUAAACAUCUUUACAUGGCGAUGCAUCCGCUAACACAAACGAAGUGACAGACGGAGCGGUUCGAAAACUUUGGUGACGAACCUGCUAUUGCAAUUUUUCAGUGUACCACAUGGCAGCACUACUACUGGAUUGUACUAGUAUUUUCACCAAAUGUACUAGAAUGUUUUGGUUCUAUGUCUUAAACUGAAAUGCAUAAAAAAAUGACAAAAUGAUACACUCUUUGCACACUGUAAAAGAUCACCAAAAAUACUAGCCCAUCUAGUGGAUUAAGGCACAAGCUUUUAACAAAAUUCUAUUACAGUGAACCACAUUAUUUUAAUGGAUUUCUUCGCCAGUUAGUCGUCUGUCACUUCGUUUGUGGUAGUAGCCUCCAAUUGUCCUAAAUUUUGAUUGUUACAUUAAGCAAUCAAACUCAAAUUCGCAGUCCUAGAUUUUUGUUUUAACGGAGAUAUCUUCUACUGGAACGGUUCAAAUUUAAAAAAAAAAAAACUAAACAGUUCUGUGAUAAGCAAAUCGAAUAACGGAAUCAUGCAGAGUAGAUCAUUAUAGUCGGUUCUAGAAGUUUAUUCAGAUAGAAAGUGUAGACAAUUCGAAAGAACACUAAGAAUCGCUUUGGAAUGCAAGAGACGGUAUUUUAAAAAUCGACACUAAUUAUAGACUAGCAUGCAUUGAUCAAUUUACAUGUCACUGAACAGAUUAACAGUUUCAGAAAUAAGCAUUAACUAAUCCAGACUUCCUAGCAAACGUAAGCGAUUAUCGGAGUUGAUUUGACUGAUCGAAGUUUAUUUGUCUGGAUAAAAAAAAACAGGCUACAAGAAACCGUUUAUCAUUUAAGAGAAUUUAUUUACAGAAAAGUGAACUUGUAUGUAUCUAUGUCGAUAAGUUGCUUUGUUAGUACUUAGCGAGGAAAAUGUUAAACAAAUCGAAAUAUUUUUUCAAUCAAAAGUUGCCAAAGACGAAUGACACAAGCGGAGUACCAAAAAGAACAAAAAAUGAGAGAGUGGAAGUAACGAAAAGCAAACAUUGAGUGAAGUUAACCGAGUAAACCUUGGGCAGGAUCUGUUUAAAAGAAAGUACCUAUUUAAAAAUAAAAUAUAUUUUUGUGAA